CGGACCCAACGCAACCCUCGCUCUCAACUUCUCCCCUUCCCACCCGAGCUGAGCGGCGGCGGCAACAACUGGACGUGAGCGGAGGCGGCGGCAACAAUCUGGUCGGGAGCUGCGGCGGCAAGUUCUUCUCACGGUAGCAGCAGCACCCUCUCGCGGCGACGUCUUCCUGCAGUUCGACUCCAGCCUAGCAGUAGCAGGGCGUGGGUGAUGUCAGCCACGCAUUCAGCCACCAGGUGUGAUGAACAUGUCGGACAUACUGUUCAGCCACCAUCAGCACAAGAACUAGUUGAUUCAUUCUCAGAUCAAAAGCUUGAUGCCACAAAAACAAAAUCGAUGCAUGGUGGGAUCGAGGAACAAGCAAAGAACGACACAAUCUUUAGCCCCAAGCAAGUUGGGUUAUGCAGAUCAUACAGGGAGAUGUUGACGGACGAGGAAGAAGAUGUGGUUUCAUACCGUCGUUUCUGGGAAUACACUUGGGGUGGCAAGUGUGGUUCCUUCGAAGACUACACCUUUGUGACUCCCAUACUUUAUACAUAUGGAACCAUCCCAGCAUAUGCUGGCCCCUUCAGCUUCUUGCAGAUCUUCUCCAUCAAAGUCAUGGAGAAUGAAAUGUGGAGAAUCAGGUGGCCAGUGGGGGUAUAUGGCUUCAUUGCCGCUCGAGACAAUUUGGAUCGUAAUCGCAACCUUCUGUUCAGACAGACAAGGGAUGACCCCCAAAUUCUCACUCAACAGGAUUCAUUUUUGCAAUUGACUGGCCCGUGUCGCCCAAUUGCGUUGAUUGACCCUGUUGUCUUUGAGAUUCAACUAAAAGUGAAGGGCAGAACAGAGUGUGAAGAUGAAACAUUGAUUGCUCGAUCGUUUGAAUAUGGAUAUGGUUUUGGAGAAUAUGGUGAGCUUGCCUGUCGUCGUUGGGCCGGUAAUUUUUGCACACUAGAGAUCACCUCUGCGCUACUUUCCAGAACGGUUGCAGCCACUAUCAUCUCUGCUGAUGUUAUUAAAGGGCCAUGGCCUGUUGAUUAUAGAGGUCGUGUGGUUGCCCGUACUGCUGACAUAGAUGAGGAUUUUGUGCUGCUUGAUUCUGGAGAAGGACGUCUGCAAGUGAAUCCAGAUGGUCGUAUUGUCCUUCAAAGGGGUGUUGUUUGUGUGGAACAUGAGGGAAUGCUCACGGUUUCCGUGGAAGCCUACUCAGAGGCAGGUACUUGUCGUGCAGAUUGCGUUGAAUUCAAGCCCCAAAAAUCCCUCACAAGUAAUGGUACUUGCAACCUUGGUUUCUGCACGGUGCAGUUUAUUGUUGGUUGGUCCCCCAUGGCAACAAAGUAUGAUCUGAUGUACGAUGGCAACUGAGUUCAACUGCAUCAGUUUGGUGUUCCCAUCCCAGUAGUAUGCUGUAGAUGUCCAGCUAAUUAACAAGUUAUGAUUGAUCAAGUGUCCAAACUGUUUAGAAAUCAUGUUAUGUCUAGUGUCCAGACUAUUUAAAGGUCAUGUCAUGUUUGGUGAAGUGCCAAGUGACACACUAUGGUUCAG